AAUCAUGGCCGCGCCCAUGGAAAGUCAACUUGACAGACUUUCCGAAGAUAUUAUCGUCCACAUUUUACGUUAUUUACCUUCAAUCGACUUAUGCAAUACCAGCAAGGUUGACAGAAAGUUUAACAGACUCUGCCAUGAUCGAUGUUUGGUCAGACAAACAUCCUUUCAAAGCUGUUACCGAUUGACUGACGACCUACUUGUCAACUACCUGCGAACUGCAUCCCAGCACAUAGAGACUCUCAACCUUAACUACUGCUACUGGAUCACAGGACGUGUCCUGGAGUCGGGAGUAGGUUGUUGUAAGAAUGUCCGCAACCUUCAGCUGAUACAAUGCAACAUGACGGUGAAGAGACUUUGUCGCAUCAUGGAAGGUGUAAAGAAACUGAAGACACUGGCUUUCACACUUCAGGACAUCCGUGACUUUCACACAGAGCUCGGGACAAGUCCGGAUGCCCAGUUGACCGUUGCUGGUCUGAGAGUUAUCUGUUUGCACUUCAGACACCAGUUAGAGUUUUCUCACAACAUCUCAAUGCAUUUCUUGUCACAACCGUCUUUCUUCGAGUACUGUCGGGACCUGGAAGAGCUUCAUGUUCUGGGAUCUCCAAGCAGUUCCCGCGGGAUGCCGAGGUACCUGCUCCAGCCUCAGAUUCACAAUAAGGACAAUUUGAAGAAUCUACGAGUUUUGUGUCUUAACGAUGCCAUCGAUCCUGCCGCAAGAAUGUUCUUCUUUGGAACUUUAUUUGAAGUGUGUAAGCUGAGUUUGUCAUUUGAAACCCUUCUUCAGCCAACGUCCAACCUGCAGCAGCUGCAAGAUAAAUCUCACUUUGUCAAGUGUCUCCAGAAGAUUGACACUUUAAAAUACCUGGACCUUUCAAGGGCUGUGUUUGAUCUACCCAACACUGUCUUUCAGCUUGACCGUGCCAAGAAUUUACAGUAUUUAAAUCUGGCAGACAACAGUAAAAUCCAGAGCCCUAGUCUGAAGGUGAUCGCAGAGAGCUGCCCACAUCUAGUCAGCAUCAACCUACAGAACUGCCAUAAUAUACUACAAGUCAAGAGAGACAAUCAAAUGGAGGCAGACGUCUGUGGUCUUCAAAUGCUUCUGGUCACAUGCUGCAAACUCCGCCACAUCAACCUGUCCGGGAUACACGUCCAUGAUAAGGACAACCCACAGGCAUGUCUGUGGCAGAUGUUGUCCUUGAACACAGAGUGGAAAAGCAUGAGUCUCUCACUCUGUUGCUUGACCCACACCCUUGACACAGAGCAGGAGGAGAAGCCUGUCAACAAACGCUUGCUUGACCAGUACACUGUCAGUUUUGCCAAGAAGAGGAGGAUCGGUCUGCAGUCUGUCAUGCAGGAGCCCUCCACGUCAUCCGACCCACCGCCUGCAGAGCCUCAAGCGCCAUCUAGUGGGCUAUCCCGCCUUGUCUCUCAGUGCCCACAUAUUGAGGAAAUGGAAGUGAUCGGCGCUGGGUUUCGGUCAGCUUUCAACAAAUACUUCGGAGUGUUGCCAGGAACUUUCAGCUACAGAGCAUGUAUGAUGGCUGCCAAGGUGAAGGACUGUGACCUGCUGUGUAUCGGGAAGUGGACCAAUCUGAAGUAUCUGCAACUGACAGGGAUACCAGGUAUUCACCAGGGUCAGUGUUUGGUUGCUAUAGCGAAGGGUUGCGUCCACCUGGAGAGGCUGUACAUAGCUCACCUGGGCAUGUCGGGCCACUGUCAAUACAUCCGCUCACUCUGUGAAGCCUUCAACCACUUCCAGAAACUCAGGGACCUGAGACUUGAGCAGCCGUACUUGAAGCUGGAUAGCGUCUUCUUCUCAGCCUGCUCCAACUGUUCCACGUUUGAGAGACUUUGUAUUCUGUCCAAAAACGCUACCUUCAUAGAUGCUGCUGCAGUAAACAAGUUUGUUGACAAGCUGCAGUCCCUGGUAUCGUUACAGCUGUUUACAUGUGCAACUCUCACCAGCUGUAAACACCUGCAGACUUCACUGAUGCGCAGAUUUGAAAAAUCCAGACCAGCUUUAUCAGUGUGCAUACACCCCUUGGUUCAUGAUGAACUCUCCGAGCUGACUACCCACAUCCCUGUGAAACACCUGGAAGAGCUCACUGUGCUAGGAUCAGGGGUGUGUCUUAAACCGCCACGGUGGCCAUGGUAACAGCCAAUGGAUGAAAACCUUAACAGCCAUGACCAAUGAGAUUUCAGACUGUGAUAUGCUCAUGUAUUCCACUGACUCUAUUUUUGCAAUGUCUGUCCUCUAGUGCUUCCUCUUGAGUGAAGAGCUGAAUUGUAUGGAUGCUAGUAUUACAAUCAAAAUGUGGCCUGUGUAUUUGGGGAUUGCUCAGUUAUGAGAUAGGGGGGAAGGGAAGGUGGAGAAUUCACCCAACUUCACAUGGGGAUAAAAACUGAUGCAAAUGACAAGGUCUCAUAUUUUGUAUCAAUGGUUUACGAAACUUCAGGUUGAUGGUAGAUUAGAAUUGCCAGCUUCUACAUUAGAAUUUUCUAUGAUGAAUAAGGGACCGUUCAUAAUUAAUGGCAAGGGGGGUAGAUGAUGAUUCUUAUGGAGAAGUAUGCACAAUGUGAAUGACCCCACCCUAAAAUUUAUGUACAAAGUAACUGACACCCCCCACCACCCCAGCAUGUCAUGUACAAAAUCAAUGACAUUCCCUAGUACAUGUGUACAAAAUUGAUGCCCCCACAUCCCCAGAUCAAAAGAUCAAAAUGGGUGACCCCCCUUAAAAUCAUCAUCACCUCCUAGCCAUUAAUUAUGAACUGUCCCUAAAAAAAUAAAUUGUUACACAGCAAGAUACCAGAAGAUAACAGAUUGCUUUUUGGGUUAAAGUUAAAAUUUUUUAUCAUUUGUCACAAUCCGCAGUGAUAAAAUCUCAGGUUUUCUUUUUCCUUUUAACAAAUUGUAAAACCUUUUUUUCUUAAUUAUUAUUUCAUUUUUAGGUCAGUUUUGUAAAGCAAAUAUUUAAAGAAUAUGCAGUGGAACUUAUGGCCAAGAAAGUUCUGAUGCCAAUAUAUUAUUAGUACACAAUACAAGAUGUUUAUUUUUGGAAAAGGUCACAUGACCCUCAGUACAAGUAAUAAUUAAAGUUUAUGUUAAUUAUCAGUACAUGUACAUCAUAGGUGAAGUUGUUGGGGAGGCUAGUGGCUCAAGUGUUUGUUUAUCAUGCCAUGGAUCCAGGUUUGAUUCCAAUCAUGGGUAUGUGCACCAUGGGAUUGAGUCACCCAACAUAAGACAUCACAGAGUUAACCUCAGUGGCCAUGUUGACAAGGCUCCAGCCUUAGAUGAGAUCAGUGGUUCAAUUUCCACAAGAGUUUUAUGCCCUACUGGUGUCCAACAUUGACACUCUGAUCCACAGCAGUGACUAUGUAAAGAUUUACGCCGCUUUUAGCAAUAUUCCAGCAAUAUCAGGUUCAGGGAUAUCAGAAAUAGGCUUCACACAUUGUACCCAUGUGGGAAAUAAACCAGGGCUUCGGCAUGGUGAGCAAACACUUUAACCACUUGGCCACCCCUCUGUUCUUGGUCCACAACUUAUGCUGGACCUAAGAGGCAAACAAAGGGACUGGGUGGUCAGGCUUGGUGACAUGGUUGAUGCAUGCCAUCCUAUCCUAAUGGAAUGGUACGUUGCUGACAAUAUUAAUCAUCAGAUUGUGUGAUCCAAAAUCAAUUAUUUACAUGUUGCCAUCAUAUAGCUGGAAAUAUAGCUGGAGUGUGGCAGUAAACUUCUAGCAAACAUCAGAAAGUCUCUAGUUUCAAAUUGUAUGAGGUAAUUUUAUGGCUGCUACGUAUGAAUUGACAUUUAUUGACUAAUAUACUGAACAAUAAGGAUAAUAAAUAUGUUAUUUUGUGGA